AUUAGUCCUCGGCUGGAGGUGGAGCUUUUAGAUUCAGAAGUGUACACGUAAAGCUGUCCUAAAGCAGUAUGAAUUGUAGAGGGGUACCAGCUUGGUCAAUGCGAAAAUGUAACACAACUUUCAAGUCUCCAUUGCAGUCCCCUGGACUGUCUCGACAGAAUGUUUUUUGUGAAAGCAGUGCCCAAACAGCAAUACUAGAGUUAAACAGAAAACUCGAUAAACUAGACGAAGAAGUCACAGCACUGGUUGCAGAUGGCUAUAAUCCUGAGGAGCUGGACAGACACAUUUCUCUUCUUCAUGAGUACAAUGACAUCAAGGAUGUGGGACAGUUGCUACUUGGUAAGCUAGCUGUAAUUAGAGGAGUCUCCACCAAAGACUUGUAUGCUGAAUUCAGGCUGGAACUGAAUGAUUAGUGAAGUAGAUGAAGAUGAUGUGGACCCACCAGCAACUUCAUCACACAGUUAAUA